CAAAUAGAAGUGGUGUUUGCAGACAUGAACAUAUCAUCACUUAUUACAAAGGCCUUGAGAUACAAUUCAUUUAGAAACCGGCGAGCUGCACAAAAACCAUGAAGUAGCCAUUGCCGCUGUUUUCUACUCGCUAAUUGUACAGCGAUAAUCACAUCAGAUCGCACCUUACCAUCGACGUUAGACUUGCGAGAAAUAUGCAGGCCAUGAUGCAAGAAGAUCGCUUAUACCUUAAUGGUGUCAAGCUGCCUGCCACUGACCCAACGGUCGUCAGUAUAACGGAGCUGAAGGCUGCUGAAAGCAGUGGCGGAUCACGAACCACGGAAGAAGCCUCUCCCGCAGUGAGCGUCGACGGCCGUUUCCACUCGUCCACCAACAAUCGCUAUCCUCAACCGGACUUCGAGUUGAAAGAUGACCCUGCGUGCAUCAUUGGCAUAGCAUGCCGUCUCCCAGGAGGCAUACGUUCCCCAUCCGACCUAUGGGAGCUUCUGAAGGCGAAGAAGACGACACAAGGCCGGGUCCCCCCCGAGCGCUUCAACAUGGCCGGUUAUUACCACGCAGACGGUAAGCGUGCGGGUGUCAUGGACGCAGAUGGAGGUUACUUCCUUGACGAAGACGUCCGGAAGUUCGACAACGAAGUGUUCGGGCUGAACAACCUCGAGGCGACAUACAUGGAUCCUCAACAGAGGAAGCUGCUCGAAGUGACAUACGAGUGUCUCGAAAACGCCGGUCUCUCAAUGGAGGCGGUCAUGGGGUCUGACACGGCCGUUUAUGUCGGCAACUUCACCGUCGACUAUCAGACCAUGCAGACCAGGGACCCGGAUUACCUCCACCGCUACAGCGCGACGGGAUCCGGCACCGCCAUCAUGGCCAACCGUAUCAGCCAUGUUUUCGACCUUCGCGGGCCCAGCUUCACCCUAGACACCGCGUGCUCUUCGUCCAUUUACGGCCUGCAUAACGCUGUUAUGGCACUGAGAAAUGGCGACUGCGAGGCUGCAAUCGUGGCCGGGGCCAAUCUCAUCACGUCCGUCGAACAGCACCUCGGCACGAUGAAAGGCGGUGUGCUGUCGCCCACGUCUACAUGCCAUACCUUCGACGCCUCGGCAGAUGGCUAUGGCCGAGCCGAGGCGGUCAACGCCGUCUACAUCAAACCGCUCUCGCGAGCUCUGCGGGAUGGCGACCACAUCCGCGCUGUGAUCCGCGGCACCGCCAUCAACGCCAAUGGAAGGACAAACGGCAUCACGCAACCCAGCGCCGCCAUGCAGGCGGCCGUGAUCCGCAAGGCGUACGCCAAUGCAGGCCUUCGCAUGGCCGAUACCGACUACGUCGAGUGCCACGGUACCGGUACCGCAGUUGGAGAUCCCAUUGAAGUAGAGGGGAUCGGAAAGUCCUUCGCCAGGGAUGGCGACUCACCAUUGAUGAUUGGUGCGGUCAAAACCAACAUCGGCCACAGUGAGGCCGCCAGCGGUCUAUCCGCUGUGAUCAAGGCCGUCUUAUCCUUUGAGAAAGAGAUGAUUCCCCCCACCUACGGAGUCACCAAAUUGAAUCCCAAACUCAACCUGGAUGUGUUUAAUCUCCAGGUGGUCAACGAAAUGUCGGCAUGGCCUCGAUCCCUGCGAAGAGCUAGCAUCAACUCCUUCGGCUACGGCGGCGCGAACGCCCACGUGAUUAUGGAAGCGCCAGAGAGCUACUUGUCAGGCCUCGAUGGGACCAUGCCGGAACCAAGAACGCUGUCAUCCGCUUCCGACUCCGAGUCCAACGCGUCUGCGUAUUUGGGCCGUCCUUUCGUGCUUCCCAUCUCCGCAAACUCUCAGUGGUCUUUGGACCAGCGAAUUCAACAGAUCACGCAAUAUGUCAAGAACCACGCCACCGCUACGCUGCCGGCGUUGGCCAACACCUUGGCAAAGCACCGCUCUCACCAGAAGUAUCGGGCUUCUAUGAUUGUUAGCAAGACACAUGACGAAGAACUCGUCACCGACGUCUUCAGCCCUGACGAGAGGCCGGCGGCAUCCCCACCGCCUUUUGCAUUCGUCUUUACGGGGCAGGGAGCACAGUACGCGGGGAUGGGCCGUGAGCUUCUUCUGAACAACGCCUCUUUCCGCGCCUCGAUCCAGGGACUUGACCGCAUACUCCAAGACCUCCCGGAACAGGAUCAAGACGGCCGGGGCUCCAGGCCAGCCUGGACCCUCGAACAAACGUUGCUGGAUCCGCCGGAGACGAGCAUGAUCAACGACGUGACCCGCAGUCAGCCCAUCUGUACAGCCGUGCAGGUUGCACUGAUAGACCUUUUGGCGGACUGGAAUGUCUUCCCCGAAGCCGUUGUCGGCCACUCGUCGGGCGAGAUUGCAGCCGCCUAUGCCGCGGGCCAGCUUUCGGCAGCUCAAGCCAUCAAAGUCGCCUACCUUCGGGGACAAGCUGUCGGCAGACUGCAAAGCCGGGGCGGCAUGCUCGCGACUGACUUGGCGGCAGAGGAAGCGGCUGACCUGAUUGCCAGGACGGAAGGGCUGCCAGGCCGUGUCUGCGUCGCGUGUAUCAACGCACCGGAGAGCGUGACGCUGAGUGGCGAACUCGAUGCCAUCAAUUUGCUGGCCAAGAUCCUGCAGGAGCGCGGGAAGUUCGUCCGAGUCCUGAAGACCGGCGGAAGGGCGUAUCAUUCUCACAUGAUGAAGGAGGUGGGUGCGUUGUACGAAGACAUGCUUGCGCCGGUGUUUGCAAGCGACCCGAGCGACGCCGAGAACGCCGGGCCCUCUCAUCGAGCAACCAUGUACUCGUCGGUAGGCGCCAGUGCCGAGAACCUGGCCGUCCUGAAUCACACUGGGCACCGAAGCUCUGCCAACUACUGGCGCCAAAAUCUCGAGACCGCAGUCCAGUUCUGUGCGGCUCUGACCAACCUCACAGCCAGCGCCAAGAAGCUUCAUAUCAUCGAGGUCGGGCCUCACGCUGCCCUCAAAGGCCCCAUCGAGCAGACGCGCAAGAAGUCCGGACACGACUUCCGUCUCUCGCCCACCCUGCUACGCGGCGAAGACGCGGAGGCGUGUAUCAAGAAACUGGCCGGCCAACUGUUCGUGCGAGGUAUCCCGCUGGAAUGGUCCGCUGUCAACGACCACCGCGAACAGGGCACCAUCGUUCCGCUGUACGACUUGCCGCCCUACCCAUGGGACUACACCGGCUCCCUUCUCUGGAGCGAGCCGCGCCCAAGUGUCGAGCAACGCAACCGCCAGCACAUGCGCCAUGAGCUCCUCGGAGCCCGCCAACUUGCCGGCAACGGCAUUGACUACGCCUGGAGGAACCUGCUCCGAUUAUCCGAGGUGCCUUGGGUACGGGACCACAAGCUCGAGUCGCAGAUAGUCUUCCCGGCUACCGGAUACCUGGGCAUCGUCAUGGAGGCUCUGUGCCAAGUCCGUGGUGUACCCAUUGCCGAGCUGCGUUCCGGCUUCGAGUUCAGAACCGUCAAUAUCGGUGCAGCGAUGGUCGUCCCGGAACAGGAAAGUGAUGCUGAAAUCCACACCGCGCUCUCGGCUCGCAAGAUCUCGACGGCUUCAGCUUCGAGCAAGUGGUUCGACUUCUCCGUCUCGUCGUGGGAUUCUGGCGUAUCUACGGUACACUGCUCCGGUAGCGUGCGGGUUCUGGAUGACGAAGACGGAGUGUCAUCCCGGAGUGGCCUCGUCUCGGUCCAGGACAUGGGUGGGUACGAGACCUGGGGCUCGAUGAGCCGGUGGUAUGCCAGACUGGCCGAGGCCGGGCUCUGCUUCGGGCCAGACUUCCAGUCCAUUACGGCCAUGACCACAGACGGGGCCAGGACCCGGCCUGACGCCAUCGCGACCACCAGACUCUUCCAGCGGACCGGCCAGCACAACGCGACGAAGUAUCCGUUGCACCCUCUCGUCAUCGACGCCUGUCUUCAGGCCGGAAUCUUCGGGGGCACGGCCGGGGACCUCAACAGCCUGCGCGCAUACCUGCCCGUGUUCAUCAAGUCGUGCCGUGUCCGGGUACCGGGGACCCUUCGUGAGCACGACCCCGAAAACGCGGCGAUCCAUACCCGCACUCGCACAACAGGCUUCGGCACGAAGCAGAUUGAUUGUACGCUUAUUCAAAGCAGCAGCGGAAACGCCCUUGUUGAUAUGGAAGGCGUGAAGCUCUCUCUGUACAGCAACGGCCCGGUUGCCCCGGUUGCCGACAAUGAUGGCGCGGCCAUUGGCAAUGCGCCUGCUGACGCGAGCUCCAUGAAGCGAGAACCAUGCCUGAGCGUGCGCUGGAAGCCCGAUAUUGUCCGUCUCCAGUCAGGAAACACGGCCGAGAUUAAGCAGUAUCUUGAACAGGUCAUCGAAGGGUUCCCUGCCGACUUGAAUGACCAUGCUAGCAUGGCUUACAUCGUCGCGAUGAUCGACUUGGCCAGCUUCAAAAACCCCAAGAUGAGCGUGCUGGAGCUCGGCGGCGCUGAUGGAGAUUGUCAAGUCAAGCGCUGGCUCAAGGCAUUGGAAGCCGACACGACGUUUCCCCGCUGUGCGUCCUGGAUUGGAGGUGAGCUGGAUGCUGAGGGCAAGCUCCAAGCGACUACGACCGAGUCCAGUUCCUUUGACACAGUGGUCAUUCCCGGGCUCGACGCCUCAUCGCAUUAUAUAAAGCUUGCUGCAUCAAUCGUCAAUCUGAUGAAUUCGAACGGUGGCGUGGUCAUCAUGCGCAAGGUCGCAGGCGCUUCAGAGGUUCUGCAGCGCGCUGGUCUCUCUGUCAUCGACGUCGGCCGGGGUGUGCUUGUUGGUCUGCGUCCUCUAUCGCUCUCCUCGCUGGCCAAGCGCAACGCAGUCAUUCUUGUGCGCCCUGGCGAUCCAGAUUCUUCAGGCCAUUUGGGUCAUGCGCUUGCGAAGCACCUGAAGACCCAACAUCCGGUGUUCGGUGACGUCCGGGUUACCACGCUCGACGACAUCGAGGAAUCAGGCGCGGCGCCGUCCCCGUCGGACGUCUACAUUUCUUUGCUUGAGCUGAGGGCAGAGUUUCUUGCCACCAUGAGCUCGAAAAACAUGGACCAGCUGCGCUGUGUGACCGACGUCGCAACUGAUCUGAUCUGGCUGACGGGGGCCGGCAUGUUGGGCGCCAGCCCAGACCCAAACCUGACUCUCUCUUCGGGGUUGUCUCGAGCACUCAUGCUUGAACAGCCGUCUUUGCGAUAUACGGUGCUUGAUGUGGGAUCUUCCGCUUCUGCCAAUGCAGACGAGGCCUCGCUCGAUGCCUUGUGCGCCAAUCUAGCCGCCGCGUUGGUGCCUGCCGAUGACAUGGACGACAAGGAGUUCUGUCAGAGCAACGGUGUCCUACACAUCAGUCGAUUCGUGGCCGACAGGGCCAGCAACAGCCUCUUCCGACGACGCGUGGACCCGAACGAGCCUCUGGAGCGUGUAGCACUCGGUGAAGUUGGCCUGGCGCGCCUGGCCAUCGGAAGCGUCGGGCAGAUGGACACGCUCCAUUUCGCACAGGAAGCCACGUUGCCCGGCGGUGCUUCAACGCCUCCGGGCCUCGUCGACAUUCGCACAUCCGCCGUCAGCCUCAACGCCAAGGACAUCUACACGGUCAGCGGGCGCGUCGAAACACGCACCGGUACGGCCGCCAUCGAGUUCUCGGGCGUUGUCGUCUCGGUCGGCGAGGGCGUGACGCAUCUCGCACCCGGCGACCACGCCGUCGUCCUGGCGCCGAACCGCUUUGCCACGGUCGAGCGCGUGCCGAGCUGGGCGGCGCAUAAGAUGCUGCCGUCUGAAGACUUUUGCGUGAUGCCGACCUUGCCCGUGGCGUUCGGUACGGCCCUGUACGCCCUCCACGACCGAGCCCACAUACGGCCGGGGGAGUCGAUUCUCGUGCACAGCGGCGCGGGGGCUUUCGGGAUGGCCACCAUCAUGCUGGCGCAGCGUAUCGGAGCUGUCGUGUACGCGACCGUUGGGUCUCCGGCCAAGAAGGAGCACCUUGUACGCAAGCUCGGUCUCCCGGCCGAGAACAUCUUUAGCUCGAGGGAUGCCUCCUUUGUUCGGGGCAUCCACACAGCGACCGGGGGCCGGGGCGUUGACAUCGUUAUUAACUCGCUCGUUGGGGAUCUCAUGCAUGACAGCUGGGACUGCAUAGCAGACUUUGGCCGUUUCGUCGAGGUCGGCAAGCGUGAGCUUGUCGACGCCGGCAAGCUCGACAUGCACGUCUUCACGCGUAACUGCUCUUUCACCGCCUUCGAUCUUACCGAACUGUUCUUCCACAAAGACCAGUUCUACCGCGAUAUCUGGAUCAAUAAAACAAAGGAGGCGCUCGAGCUGUAUCGCAUAGGAGCAAUCAGGCCGGUCCCGAUCACCACAUAUGACGUUUCGAAGCUAUCGCAAGCAUACCGCUUCUUUUCCGGGAAAGAUCGCAUCGGCAAAGUCGUGGUAUCCAUGCAGGACUCAAGCAGCCUUAUUCCGGUCAUGCCUACAUUGUAUCAGACAACCCUUGAUCCCGAGAAGGUCUACCUGCUCGUCGGAUGCUUGGGCGGCCUCGGCCGCAGUCUGAGCCGAUGGAUGAUGUCGCGAGGUGCUCGCCACUUCGUCUUCCUCGGCCGCUCUGGCAGCGACAGGCCCGAGGCCCGGAGCCUCGUGGAUCGGCUCCUCGGAGCCGGUGCAUCUGUAGAGGUGGUGCGCGGCGAUGUGUCCAACCAAGAAGACGUCGAUGCCUCCGUCGACGCCUGCUCUGGCCGCCUCAUCGGCGGCGUGGUCCAAGCCGCCAUGGGCCUGAGCGAGGCUCUCUUCUCCAGCAUGACGCACAAGGCGUGGCACACGGGGAUCCAGCCGAAGUGGGCGGGUUCGUGGAACCUGGACCGCUCCUUGGCACGCGACGGCCGCGACGCGCACCUGGACUUCUUCCUGCUCACGUCCUCGGUGAGCGGCAGCGUGGGCACCGCAACCGAGAGCAACUACUGCGCCGCCAACGGCUUCCUGGACGCCUUCGCCCGGGGCCGCCGCAGAUCCGGCAAGCCCGCGGUCGCGGUCGGCCUCGGCAUGAUCUCCGAAGUGGGCUACCUGCACGAGAACCCCGAGAUCGAAGCCCUCCUCCUCCGUAAGGGCAUCCAACCGCUCAAUGAGAAUGAGUUCCUACAGGUCGUCGAUUUCGCCCUGGCGCCCGGCGCCACCGCGCCGCACAUCCUGACCGGACUGGAGCCCUUCGGGCUUCGUGAGCUCAUCAGAAAGGGCUUCGACGUGGAGAACGGAACGACGCAGGAUCCGCGCUGCGGUUUCCUCGCCGCCGCCCUCUUCGCCGACCAGGAGGCGAGCAAGGACGCCUCCUCCUCCGCCGUCGCCGUCAGCUUGACUGCCGCCCCGGCGUGGCUCAAGGCCCUGCCUGCGGGUGCUGCGGCCAACGCCUUGGCCGCCGAGGCGGACGCCCCUACUCUCUCCGACGCCGUGUUGCGGUUGGCGCGCAAGCGCUUCUCCAACCUGAUCCUGCUGCCCAUCGAGAAGAUCGACGACGACAAGGCCCUCCCCCAGUUCGGCCUGGACAGUAUGAUUGCGGCCGAGUACCGCACCUGGUUCUGGACGACUUUCAAGGUCGACGUGCCGUUCUUGGAUAUCAUGAGCCCCAAGAAGUCACUGACGGCGCUGGCGAGCUUCGUCGAGGACAGCAUGACCGCUGCUUUGGCCAACGAGAGUGCGUGAUGCGCUGUUGGAAGGUCACGGAACCGGGGGCGCCUGCACGUGAGGUUUAUUGUUAACUUACGAUGGCGUGCCAGGAUGUGCUUUUGUGGAAUGUUUGACUGGCGAGGGCAACUUUGACGAAAACAUUGUAGAGAUUCAAUGGCUACAGAAGUGAUUGUGGGAUUGUGCGGAUUGGAGAGGUGACC